CAAGAGACACGGACCGCUGUUACACAUCUGGGAGGUUUUAUUUCAUGCUCAAGGAGGUUUAGCGCGAUCCCUCUUACCAUGUGGAAGCUUGCUGCUUUGACGCUGUGCCUCACCUCGGCUGCUCUCUGCUUGGACUCCAACGAGAUCCGCUCCUCCAGAGAGAUGGUCACGGACUCGGAACCGACAAUGCUGCCGUCAGAGAAGGUUACAGUAAACAUGAGCGUCCAUAACAACGUCAGACGUCGACAGCAAAACCCUCAAUGCACCAAUCAUCAGGGAAAUGAAUGCCGAGGCCAGAAGAAGAGACGCAAUCAUAAAAAGAAGUCAGGGCAUGGUGAAGUCGCCAGUGAAAGAGGUGCAAACUCAGGGUCGAAGAGGAGCAAGUGUGUGCGCUCUCGUGACUGCGGAGAGGGCUGGUGCUGUGUUCAAUACGUCGGUGGAGGACGGUGCCAGAGGGUUCUCCAGAAAGGCGAGAUGUGCCUUUUAGGAGGGCGACCCAAACCUCAAAGCCGCAGGCGUAUGGAGCGCUGCGACUGCACGUCAGGGCUGACCUGUCUCUCCAAACCUGAUAGCCUUAAAGGUCAAGGAGAGUGCAGCGUUAACGAAAAACCACAGGACACACCGCCUUAAAUUGUGUGUGCAACGGAGAAUGCUAAUGGCUUCUCAGCCUGGAUGUGUGUAUUUUUUUUUUUUUAUAAUAAUGAAACAACAACAAGAAGAACAACAACAAUAAUAAUAAUACACUACAUACACUGACAUUUUUUCUUUAAAAUAGUGUGGAUUCAUCUUUACAAGCCCAGAUAUCCCAUGAUCCUAUGCGGCACAUGGUUUCAGUCAGCAAAAAAACAAAACAAAAUAAAACUUGGGUAAUUUGGUUUACCAGUAUUACGUUUUAUAAAGUUCUUCUCUCUUCUCAUCAAGCCCCAGCAUUUAUUUUAUAUGUUUAUGUUUUUUUAAAUACAUUUUUUCUAGCCGGCAGUACCCAUGUGUUGCACGCUAGCAUAAUUAAACAGCUAAAACAAGAUAAAAAUAAUAAAUCUAGUCCUGAUGCCAAGAAGGUAUUAGCUGACAAACAUUAGUUUUAAUAUUUUAAUACAUUUAAACAGAUCAUGAGGUAAAAAUUUCUAACUAAAUGAAUUCAGAUUUACUUUAUUAGCUUUGCAGGGCUUACGGUUUACUGCUAAAAUGUUUAGAAUCAAAUUAGCUGACUUACGCUUGUUACAAAACAGAUAAGUGCUAGAAAGACAUAUCGAAGACAGG